UCUUCUGGAAUACUUCUUUUUACAUAACUUACUUUCCAAAAGCACUUACUUCAGGUGUAUUUUUUUUCCCUGAAACAUUUCUAGACUUUGAUUUGAUCUUGUGUUUAAAAAUAAAUGGAUACCAUACAGAAAUAUUCAGUUGUCAAAAAUGUGCUCAAGAAUCUUUGUUGCUCUUAUGGAUGGUCUUAUGGUGCCUUUUGGAGCUAUGACCAGCCUAAUUCAUUAUUAUUGACCCUGCAAGAUACUUACUGUGAUGAAAGAUUCGGAUCUUUGAUCGAUAAUUUGCUUCUACAAAUACCACUUGGAGGAGGGAUAAUCGGACAAGCUGCUUAUGCUAACAAACACAUGUGGAUCUCCUCGGAAGAUCAUUACAGAGAACAUACUUUUUCGGGUUCAAUCUGGGAUAUGUUUGCGGAUAAUGGUAAUGAAUUUCGUCACCAGUUCUCUUCCGGCAUAAAGACGAUUGCAGUAAUCCCUGUGGAGCCACAAGGAGUGGUGCAAUUCGGGUCCAGCGAGAAGAUUCCAGAGAAUAUGAAUUUGGUAAAUCAAACAAAAAGAAUGUUUCAAGAAAUUAUAAGUGGUAGAGGAUCUGAAAUUGCUUUGACUUCUUCAAAUAGUCAAGAUUGUCAUCAGAAUGAGGCCUUUGCUUCCUUGAUUUCAUCAGAAGAAUCUUGCUUUACUGGUGGUGAUGGCUGCUUAAUGGGAUUUAAUUCUUCUUCUGCUACAUUUGAUCAACUCCCGGAUUUUGGUAUCCCAGAAGAUUUCUUCCAAACCGGAGAUUUCAAUGCAUCUCAGUGGUUCCCUCCACUGAAUCCUGUUGAUUAUGAUGGAAAAUAUGAGUCUGAGUGUAUUUCUGGCACUAACAUUGACUUGUGGGGACAUGGUGGCGAUUUGAGGGACAUUUUAGCACCAAUUAUAGAUGGAAGUCACUCGAGUUUCCAAUCUUACAGUAACGUUGACUGUACUACCCUUUGUCCAAAAGAAAGGCUGUUUUCAAAACUUGGGAUAGACGAACUUUUGGAGGGCGUUUCUGGUAUCUCAAAUGCUGGCUCGAGUUCUUGCAUUGAGGGUCAAGCUUAUGCAAAACGAAGAAAAACAGGACAUUCUAUGCGGGAAGAAGCCGGGCCUAAAUCACAGCCAGGUUUACAGAUGCUUGAUAGUUAUAGCAUGAGUGGUUCAAGCACAAUUGUGCAAGCUAAGAAGCAUGUUGAACUGCCAAAACCCACCAAGAAAAAAGCUAAACCAGGGACAAGACCCCGACCCAAAGAUCGGCAGUUAAUAUUGGACCGAAUGGCUGAGCUUAGGCAAUUGAUUCCCAAUGGUGAAAAGAUGAGCAUAGAUUGUUUGUUGGAUCGGACCAUAAAACACAUGAUUUUCUUGGAAAGUGUAACGAAACAAGCAGAUAAAAUAAGACAGGCAGAUAAACCGAAGCAUAAUGGCGUGGUUUCCAGUGACCCGAGUGCCAAUGGUGUGACAUGGGCUUGUGAAAUGGGAAAUCAGACGAUGGUAUGUCCUCUAAUAGUGGAGGACCUUGGUGACCCUGGUCAUAUGCUUAUAGAGAUGCUUUGUGAAGAACAAGGACUUUUUCUUGAGAUAGUGGACAUAAUUCGACGUUUUGGCUUGAUAAUCUUGAAAGGAGUUAUGGAGUCUCGCGGGGAUAAAAUUUGGGCACACUUCAUAGUUGAAUCAGAGGUGAACAAGAAUAUAACAAGACACGAGAUAUUUACAGCGCUCGUGCAGUUUCUACAGACUAUAGCGCCAAAUGUUGAUACCAAGUGCAUGAAAACAGAGAACUCGAUAUUGGAUGAUUUCUAUCAACCUUGGAUACAAAAUCCAGUGAACUCAACAGAUAUGCCUUAUUGUGUAAACUUGUGACCGAGGUUUCAAAAAUGCUUUAAGCAUUCAUCUGAUAAAGUUUUUACAUCGACAUAAAGAGAUAAAAAAUGUUAAAAGACCGAACGAUUUAUUUGAUUCUAACAUUUUUAGGCUUUGUGUCUUUCACUCCUUUUUAACCAAACCUCCUUUUUGGGUUUCAGUAAUAAAGGUGACCAUUUGAGGCAUAGUUUUUAUAUUCAA